AUGGAAAAUCAAAUGCCAUCUGCACUUACCUUCACCAUCCUCCUCUUCUGUUUCAUACAUGCAGAAGCUCAAUCGGUCAUUCUCUCUUUUAAGAACAACUGCCCAUUCACCGUUUGGCCAGCAAGCCUAAACAAUGCUGGCAAUCCACAGUUAUCUCCGACAGGCUUCACAUUGACAUCAGGUGCUUCAUCUUCUCUGAGCAUCCCUGCCCCAUGGUCCGGUCGCUUCUGGGCCCGAACACAAUGCUUUACAGAUUCCUCAGGCAAGUUUACUUGUGCCACCGGCGAUUGUGCCUCUGGUAGAGUUGAAUGCCACGGUGCCGGUGGGAUACCACCAUCGUCCUUAGCAGAGUUCACACUAAAAGCUAAUGACGGUCAUGAUUAUUAUGACAUCAGCCUGGUCGAUGGUUUUAACAUCCCACUUUCAGCAACUCCACAAGGUGGUUCUGGUGGGUGCAGUUCUACAAGCUGUGCAGCUAAUGUGAAUUCUAUUUGUGAUUCUAAUUUAGCUGUGAAGGGAUCAGAUGGAAUUGUAAUUGCCUGCAAGAGCGCAUGUUUGGCAUUUAACCAGCCACAGUUCUGCUGCACCGGUGAGUUCAGUACACCAGACAAGUGCCUUGCUACCAACUACUCAAAAGUCUUCAAGCAGCAGUGCCCUCAGGCUUAUAGCUAUGCUUAUGAUGAUAAAAGUAGCAUACUUAGUUGUCCUACUGGAUCUAACUAUUUAAUCACCUUCUGUCCAUGA